AUGUCAACAGGCUCAGUUAGUGAUACUGAUGAUAUUCAAGAGAUGGUUAUACAGGGACUUGAUUUUCAGUACCAUGGCUCAAAGCAGGAUGCUACGGACAACGACUUGUACAAUUCUGCCGCAGAAGACGAGCUUUGCACAGAAUCCAGCGGUAGCAGCAACUGUGCAACCAAGCGAAAGAGAGACAAAUCAGGUGCAAGUAAGAGCCUAACCAAAACACACAAGGAAUGCAAACAGUCUCAGAGGAAUGCUGCCAAUUCCCGUGAGAGAGCAAGGAUGCGAGUUUUAAGUAAAGCUUUUUCCAGGUUAAAAACCAGCUUGCCCUGGGUACCACCCGACACCAAACUUUCCAAACUGGAUACACUGAGACUGGCUUCAAACUACAUCGCACACCUCAGGCAGAUUCUGCAAGAAGAUAGACACGAGAACUGCUUUGUGCAUCCUGUAAACUUGGUAUCCAAGUUCUGCCAGCUGGUCCCGACUGCUUCCCCAACCCCCCUCCCGACUCCCCAGUUCCACCAGACUGAAUCCUAUUCUCAGAAAUCUCCUUCAGUCUGCCCAACAUUACAUGUCUACAGCCCUCGCCCCUUCUUCAAGAGUUUCCUACUCCACAGCCUGGUCAGCAUUCUCAACUUUCUGCACCCAGCAUCAGAGUCACCCCAUUCCCUUCAACACAAACUGGAUUCUGGCGUUUAUAGUCCACGCUAG